AUGAUGACUGAAAUCAAUUCCAUCAAGACAGCUUUCAUCAAUAUUGAGGCCCAGUUGAAUACUUCUGGGCCAUUGAUUAUCCCCGAGCAUCCUGCGUAUGCGUACAUUCGGCUUUUGCCAAAAAGUGCACAACAACCAGAAAUGCGACGUGCACUUGAGCGUCGAGGCCAAGUACAACUAGACAAUGUCAACCAAUUCGAAACUCGAUAUGGAAAAGACCCUCAAGUGCUCGAUGAUAGCGCUUGCUUCGACGAGUUGCCCGAGCACAUGGCCGAAGCUGUGAGAUUAAACAACCUAAAAGCGAUUCUUGAUUUCUUGGGUCCGAUCCCAAUUUCCAAGAGGAGAUUGCAUGCAAAAUGUCCCGCCUACUCAGAUGACACAUUGCUUCAUAUGACAGCUUCUUAUGGGAAUAUCCCACUCAUGAACUUUCUUCUAUAUCUCGGGGCAGAUGUGAACACUCCAAAUCUCUAUCAAUUUACUCCACUAUUCCACGCUUUGGUCGAUGACCAAGCCGGCGUAGCCGCAAGAGUUUUACUACGCUGGGGUGUUCGGAAAGUCUUGCAAUGUUCCGACACUUUGGAGCCAUCCCCACCUCUGGCGUACGUUGCCCACAAGGGUGGGAAAGCUGCAAUUUCAGAACUUCUGAAAACACCUCUUGGGGGGAGGCGUUGUGUGCUGCAGAAGAUGCACUCCGUACCUCGUUUAAACGGACAGGUCGGUAUUGUGGGAGAGUAUGAUUCGGAAUUUAAUGUCUAUGAAGUAACGAUGGAGAAAAGUGGUGAGACAAUUCAUGUUUCCAGUCGUUUGCUCAAACGGUGUGAUCAAACGCCGACAGGCUUCACAUUCAAAAAGAUCAAUCAUCAUACCUUGGGAGAAGUAGCAAGGCUCCAUUCCUUCACUCGAGCUUUGUCGAGCCCAUGA